AUUGUGCAUACGUAACCGACGUACUGAACACGCUGUGCGUAUUGUAACUUGCACCUUGUCACUACAUUAUGCGCUGCACUCGGGACCAUGAGAGGGCGAAGUUAGCGCAAGUUGCUCGCUUCCAACUGAUCCUUUUUCAAUUGAAACUUCGAGGAAGACAAUACCUGAAGUGAAGGAUGCGUGAACUGAUGGGAAUAACGUGGUUCAUUAUGAGGGUUGGAGUGAGCAACCACGCCGGUGAUGGACAUGCAAUACUGUGAAGCAGUUGCCUGAAGCCGACUCUGGAAAAUAUCCAUAAUCAUGUCAGUUACACUGGAGAUCUCCAAGCCCUUGAUGGCUUGCAUGUGGACUGUUGCAUUGAUGAUCAUCGUCUUUAGUCUGCUGCUAAUCUUCACGGGCACUCCGAGGAAAAAGGAAAACAGUGUCAAUGAAUUCUUCAUGUAUUACUUUCUGCUGUGCAACAUUUUGACCCCAGUGUUUAUGUUAGUGGCGGCCAUUGAUACCACUGUCGAAGACGGGGAGGACGUGGAAGAGAAAUACCGCAUGUUAUGUUCCUUCUGCGGCUACAUUGGGGUUUUAGGUUGUCUGCUGUCUCUAUCAACAAUGCUCACCAUGGCAACCAAUCUCUUUCUUUGGCUUUUGUUCCCGAGGUGCUUUAAGCAAGGCAAGAACUACUUGCCCAAGAUACGGGGUAUCACCGCCAUCGAAGCGCUCAUCAUUUUGGUAGUCAUCACGUUUCCGUUUCUCCCCUUUGAUGCCUUUGAGGCUGGGCAGGUGAGCUCCCGCUACACCCUAUGUCUUCCUUUGCAUUCGCCCUGGGCCCCCAUGUGGGAAGUAACCUUGGUGCUUUACAUCGUCGAAUCCCUCGGUGUCUUUACGCUGUUCCUGCUGUUCGUGGUGAUGCUGUGCCAUCUCACCCGUCAGCGGAAUGUGCCAGUGUCCGCCAUCCCAAUGGAAGUGCGGGUCCAGCGCAAGAACUCACUCCUGGUCAAGCGGCUCUGCUGCACCAUUCUCGGCACGGUGAUCUUCUGGAUCCCUGGACUGCUUACUGUGCUGUGCAUGUUUGCAGGGGUCGAGGUGUCGGGCUCGGUGUUACAGUGGAUGUUUGGCGUGGUUCAGCCCUUUGGAAAUGUUGCCGGAUCCUUUCUCUAUUUUUGGAGAGUUAGAUGCAAGAACUGUACCUUUUCAUCUUGCUUGAAAGGAACAAAAAAUAGAGGACAAACUGACGUUGUAAAUGGCAGAGAUGCAGUGCGGCUGCAAAUUGGCCAGUUGACAGGAGCCAUUACCAUGCCGCAGAAGAUGGAUGGGGAUGGGGACGGGAAACCAGACGGAAACCAUACCCCUUCUGUGGACAGCAUCCCGACACCGCAACAGAAAAAUGGGAAGUGUGUCAAUGCGCCGCCUGUGGUACAUUGGGUAGAGACAGUCCCAAUUAUAGGACGCCAUAUGAACACGAACUUUGGGAUAGUUGAGUGGCUGUCCAAGAAUGGCUCCCCACGACGGGGGCUGCUCAAGAUCUUCACCAAGCCACACUCACGGGAAUGGCGGAAUGAGUCUAGCAUCCUGUACCGCUUGAGCCAACUGGAGCACCACCGCAACAUUGUGGAGUACCUGUGGCACUCCAAGAGCUCCCAGACCAAGCUGGACCGGGGCCAGUCUGACACCGCCCAUCCAGAUCAAGAAAAGCCAGCCAUUCAGAGAUUUGUCUGCACGGCCUAUUAUCAGCAUGGCACCCUCCGAGAUUUCCUCCACAGUCACCCGCGCACCAUUCAGGAGAGCCACGUCCAUGCCAUAGCGACGCAGGUAUCAGCGGGGAUGGCCUAUCUCCAUGCCAUGAGAAUUGUCCAUGGCCUCAUGGAAACAACCAGUGUUUUGAUUGGUGGGCACAUUGAGACCAUGGCCAUUAAAGUUGUCAUCGCCAACUUUUCCAGGGCCAUAGACCUGACCCGUAAGCUGCCCUCAGACAUCGACAAGAGCUCACAGAAAGAUGUCACCACCAGCAGCCCUCCCAGCAAUGCCACAAGCAGUGUACCAGGAGCAGUCAAUGUGCCAGGGUCCACAGUGUGUCAGGAGAUGGAGGGACCCCAGCAAACAGCCACAGCACAGCCACAGGUAUCAGAGAAGUUACUCUGCUCAGGAGAUGUCCGUUCCUUUGCACUGCUGCUGUUGGAGAUGAUGGCCUGGCUGAAGAUGAUACGAGUACCAGAAGAUGGGCAGCCGACCAGCCAGACCAAAUCCUGGACUCUGGACCGCAGGCCCAAGCGUGGUGUAACCCGUGGCUGGACCCUGGCUCCCUCGGACACCAAGGCCUGGACCGAUGACAUGUGCCAUGUCACCUUGAACAGGAAUGCCAGCAGUUCCGUGGACUCAUGCGGCAGCGACGAUGGCCUGGCCAGUGCCUUGCGCUGCUGGGAGAAUGCCGUCGCUGACUGCACCCGGAGAGAUGGCUAUCGGUGCCCCUCUCCCAAAGAGUUCCGGUUCCCUACCUCCGACAGUGCACCAUGGGAGGAGGUCGGGACCUUUCCUAGACGGACCAAGCAGGUCAAGUCGCAUCCAGUUGGGGAGUCCUCAAGUGACUGCACUCUGGGGAGCCAGCCCCAGAAGGCCAAGAAGUUCCACAGUUCAUCUGAAUCCUCGGGCACUGGCUCCAAGAAGGAUCUGAGCAAUGGACCAGCCUCCAAGGAGGAAGCUAAGAAAAGCCUGGCCAACAUGACAGAGGAUGGCAGCUGCUGCAUUGUCAACCCUUACUUUGACAUGAUGGCAUCCGAGGAUGAGCAAGAAAAACCACAUUCCACAAAAGAAGUCCCACCUGCCCCAGAACAGGAGAGUAAAUCAAGGGAGAACAAUUUGAUUCAAGUGGCCGAUGACUCCCAGGGCUUCAAACGAGACAGCAUGUGCAGUCUGGACAGUGGGAUAUCGUCACAUCAGAGUUCCAUGCGCAGCAGCAGCAGUGACAAAAUGAACAAGCGGGCUGACAGCGUGCCCUCCGGAGUCAAGCCCAAAGCCAAUGGACUGUUGCAGAAGCGACAGAGGAUGACGCAUCAGUUGGACGUCCAUGGUACGUUUGAGACAUAUCCUGAGAAUGCUGAUAAAAUGGGUAAGGCUAGCAACAGUAACAGCCAGCAGCAAACUGGGCAGAAUGUCGAGACUUGGGUGGAGAAUCACGUUGCGCAGAAUGGCCACAAUAGACCUGGCGUCGUGCUGGAUAGGACCAAACGGGCCAAACCGAGGGUUCCUGAGACCCUUCAAGAGAUCGAAAGUCCAGAUGUACCUCCCAGAAAAGACACCAUCAUUCACACAACAGCCAAGCUGCAGAACAGUACCCCGAAGGAAGAAUGCAAUCAACAGAGUAGAACAGAAUUCAAUCGGGAAAACACUGUGACAAACACUGAAGAAACCAAUGGCGAUAAGGUUAAUGGUAAAUCUCAAGUUACAGUGACACGAUCUGCCAGUUCCCUCUCACAGUUUUACAUCCGCAAGCGGGCCCCAAGGCCCCACAAUAUCACAAUAGUUCCUGGGAGCACAACCACGCUACCCGCCAGCCUCCAGAGGAGAACCAUCCAUGCUCCGGAUAGUCCUCGACUGAUGGACCUGGGACGGGGACGGCCCAGCUCAUGCCAUGUCCAGGUUGCAGCCAACAAGAGCAACUCCCUGGACUCCAGCUCAUCCUACGGUCAGGAUUCGGUGGACAAUCCCUGCUGUGCCCAGUGUUCACCAGGCAACUCGUCUUCGAGUGCCAGCCUGCCAAGAAAGACAAGAAGUUUGGAAGAUUCCUGUUUGUCCCCGAUGUCAGUAACUUCCCCCAAGCCUGGCAUCAGUGGGCAGCCAGAACAAGGCAUGCCGAUGAUCUCCAUGCGUAAGCUCCACCGUCAGGAUGCCAUCCUGGAGUCCAUUAAUGAGACAUCAUCUCGCCUCACCAAUCCUCACUCGUCGCACAGCUUCGAGGACAAGCUCCAGUCGGGCCACAAGAGGGCGAGCCGGCGCAAGGCAGGUCCCAGCGCCAAGCGAGUGCCCGUGACUGGCAUCAGCCAGCAGCACGUCAACUUCUGCCAGGAGUUGCAGGCCUUGCUUCCCUGCCUGCCCAAAGUGGUGCUCGGUUUCUGGUGGAAGCAGCAAGGCUGCGGGCAGGCUGUGCUGCAGUGGAUUGACUCACUGAAGGACCAUGAUGGAUGUCUUUACAAUCAGCUGAUCGGUAUCCUUGAGACUUGUUGGGGUCAGGAGCCAGCCCUGCCCUCGUCCCAGGUUCAUCUGAUGCUGGACAACUGUCUGACAGAAGUGGCCCUCUAGUGUCGGAGCAACAGCCCAUUCCGAUAUCACAUCACUGUGAUAUCUGGCAGUUGGAACAGCAUUUACAUUACAAAGCUUCCGAGUGUGUCAGUACAUGUUAACCUCAACGGCCAGCCCAAAACCUCACCUGGUAGCUGACAGGAAAAUACCUUCAAAACUAAUCAAGCCAACACACGUGAGCCAAUAAAGCUCUCCAAAUUAAUUUUUCAAUUUUUUGUUGUACCAAACAAGUAUGAGCAGCCAAAACUGCAAUUUUUCACCCAUGGAUGAAAUAGUGUGAAUCAGCUUCUGGAUCACGCUUGGUUGUCCUGACCAACACACUCUUGUUGGUAUUAACCGCUCCCUGCCGGGUGACCCGUUUUCAAGUCCAUAGGCUUUAUAUGCAGAGCCGGGGAGCCGGGAACUGGGACAAAAGAGUUGGGCCUUAUAACAAAAGACUGAG